AUGUCGCUGAAAGGGAAAGGGAAAGAAAAGGCUAUAGAAAUUGUGGAUGACUCUUCAUCUGACUCGGCUUCCACCUCUGACGACGAUUCAGACACGUCUAGCUCAUAUAGCUCGGACAGCGAACCCGUUACACAAGAAUAUCUCGAUUCUUUGCUGGAAAAGGCCAGAAAAAAUGCUUUAUCUACGCCCCAGGAGCCGACAGACUCUGUGGAUAUCUUAGAAGGGGACGUAGUACAGCUUGACAGCGAACCCAAGACAUUACCGCCCCUUGAUCCCGGGAACGUUCCAAAACCAUAUUUCGAAUUCGAUGAAUCAAGGCAUACUCGACCAACGUCCAUACGCGACCCCGACAUCGAACUUGCUGAGAAAUCCUCAUUAUUAUACUCCGUUCCCGUACCUCCAAUACCUCCCCCGGAAUUGACCAAAGAUGGGAAGUUGUUGACGAAGAAGCAGCGUAAAACACUAAAACAGCAGACUGCAGGACCAGGGUGGUUUGACAUGCCUGCUCCAGCCGAAGCAGACCUUCCGCGGCUCUACCGUGAAGUAGAAGCGAUGCGUUUGCGUAAUUAUCUAGACCCCAAGCGAUUCUAUCGUAAAGACGAAGGAGAAGGAAAGGGUAUAAAAGGCCUGCCGAAGCAUUUUGCCGUGAGGGCAUUCCUCUCAUAUGUCAUAUGUACCGCAACAUUCGCUCAAUUUCUCCUUGCAGAUCGGGCGAACCGUAAACGGACGCUAGUGGAUGAGCUGGUGGAUGAUGCUGAGGCGAAACGCUAUGCGAAAAAGAAGUUUGAAGAUUUACAGAGCGUCCGGGGUGCUCGAGGAAAGAACACCUUGCAGGCCAAGAAGCGGCGGCAAAAAUGGUGA